UGAUGAACACAAUUAUGUUGUUGUGGAGAAGAGGGACGCCAUUUUGCUGGCGACAAGCCUGAAAAGACAUAAGAUCAUGUGUGAAAUUGCUUGGUAUGUGAGGUGUUGCCGGUAACAUCGCCAAUGAGUUGGUGUGCCCGAUUAUAGGAGGCAUUGUUUUGCCUCCUAGUUGUUUCUGUUGAAUAUAUUUCCGCGAUAUUUAUUUUAAUGGCGAGUAAAGUCCAAGUUGCUAAGUUUCCAUUGCAUGACUUCAAUGAAGGUCUCAUAGAUCCGGCCUUUUCUGGGGUGUGGAAUAUGGAAGAGGACGAUGUAGCGGGCCAAUUGAAGGACGACAGUUUCAAGAAGCGGGUGGAGGUGCUUGAGCAGCUUAUUAUCACUGUCAAGAGAAAUGGGGGCCGUCUUCCGUAUGCUGAUGGCGAAUCAAUAUUCAGGAGCCUUGGUUUGGCCCUGUCUGAUUCAAACUGGGAAAUCAGACACAAAUGUAUACAAUUACUGCAGGAAAUUAUCCCCAAUCUUGGAGAAGAUAUUGACACAUGCAUGAGCUUGGUUUUGAACAAGAUGUUGACUAACAUUGGAGACAGCAAAGUAACUGUGAGAAGGGCCGUUGUUCAGGCUCUUCACACAUACAUGAAGCACACUCGGAACCUGCCAGCACUGUUUGAUGCUCUAGUGAAAACAGGAUUAGAGAAUGAGAAUGCGUCUGUGAGAAGGGAAAUGGUAAAUGCUUUGCCAAUGCUGCUCACUAAGGAUUUCACGAAUCAAGACCUGUCUAAAAUCGUCAUGUCUCUGGCAAAAAAACUCCUUGACACAUCCUCUGAAGACAAUUUGAAAGAUAGCUCUUUGUCAACAUUGAACAAGAUUGAAGGACUUGUAGGUGAAAAGACAUUUGCGUUGUAUUUGAAAAGAUUGUCUGUGCCACUUCAAAACUUUUACCUACAAUUGUCUGGUAAACAGGACCUCAGUUACUACAAUAAUUUGAAUGGAGACUUUGGAGGUAAUGGUUUCAUGCAUCAGGGAAUGAUGAAUGGCAGAAAUGAUAGCAGAAGAGGUUACGUGGAAGAGAGCUUAGAAUUUGGUGUUGUCCCAAGUCAGAUACUAAGUAGGAUCAAUGAUCAGAAAGACUUUCGAACUCGUGCUCAAGCUGUUGAGGAUUUGAAAAGUAUUAUUUCAAAUACAUCUUACAAUGAAGUGUCGACAAGCCUCAUGCCUCACAUGAACUCUUUCAUCAGCUUUCUCAGUAAUCUUCUGGAUGAUUCCAACUUCAAAAUUAUCAAUGUCACUUUGGAGAUAUUCCUUUGCUUAGUGGAGAAGCUGGACAAAAGUACCAAGAACUUUGUCAGACCCCUUGUAUCAGCUCUGUUGAAGCGAAUGGGGGACAACAAAUUUGUGAUCAGGCAAAUUGUUAUGAAUAUCGUGAAACAAAUGAUGAAGAAUUCUUCCCCUCAAGCUGUCAUCACAGUUCUUGAAGACAACCUCCAACACAGGAAUUCUCGUGUCAGACAAGAGACUAUAAACUUUAUUAUAGCUGCUCUGUUGACAUUUCCCAGGUAUGAAUUUGAUCUUCCUCGGAUUUGCAAUGUGGUUGGGCCAACUUUGACAGAUGUGAAAAGAGCAGUUCGCCAAGCAGCCCUUGAAUGUUUUGCAAUGUUGGCUCAGGUCAUGGGCGUUGGUCAGCUGGGGCCGUUGGUGUCUGCCGUAGACCAAGUGGAGCUCAGCACAGACGGGGAAGGACUGAUGGCGGCUGUGCAAGCCCGCCUGGCAAGGAAGCAGUUACCGAGGCUGACGUCUGAGGGCCUGGUGGAGUACGCCACACAAACCCCAUCCUCAGCCACGGUGCGGUCCUCAACCAUCCAGAGUGCAGACACGGAGUGGAUCAUGGCGGUGGGUGCGGGGAUGUCUGGCACUGCCCGCACAUCGCGGUCGGAUGUUCUCGAGCUGGAGUCGGUAACUACGUCGGCUCGCUCCACACCCAUGGUGGGCUCCGACGUCUCGGCUCCUACUCCUGCUCCGAGGAGGUUCAUGAGUGCCGGGAGAGGGAGGAACAAACUGCCCUGGGAGGAGGACAGAGACGACCGAACGCGAGCCUACAACGAGCUGCCAAACUCCGCGCCCACUCAGGCUGUGUCCCAACAUGAGGAUGCCCCGCCCAGACCUCGACAGAUGUGGGUGGCAGAUGGGGAGCAGACCCCGCCCCCUCCACCCCCCGCGCCCCGCCCCGCCGACCGUCAGCCGCCCAAACGACGGACCACAGUCAUGGGCAUCACCUCCCCUGAGGACAUGGACACUUCCGGCAGAUGAGGACGAGGCGCCGGUUCCUCGGAAGGCCACCAUGGCCCGUGGCUCGGCCACGCGGCGGAAAGUCCCGCCCAUCUCUCCCUCCUCAGACUUCUACGACGACAACGACAGCGCAUACGCUGCCUCGGACGAUGGCCGCUCGGGGUGUGAAGAAAUUUGAGGCCAAGUCGAGCACAUACAGCAACAACAGCAGCAACAGCAGCGGGCGAGGCAAGCGGGGGGAGGGGGAGGCGGAGGAGAACAAGACAGCGGCUAUGACCUACGUGGACUACAACCCCAUCAGUGGCGUGACCUUCCGAGAGAACCGAAACUCGGAUGUCAAGGUCGUGGGUAGAGGGUAUGCCGAGGAGGGCUUGGUGAGCUCGGAACAUUCUAGUCGUCCACCAGUGGGCAACAACAGACUGGGGAAGGACAGGCGCCGCUUCAGCAAUCGAGGACCCCUUAUGAGCCACAUCCCUGUAGGCCACACCCCCGUAGGCCAUGCCCCCGUAGGCCACGCCCCCCUAGGCCACGCCCCCCAGUGGCAGCCCAGUGACGGGGACACAGAGGACAAGUUGUGGCCGACGCCGGACUCCAUCGCUCUGGUCGGACGUGGAGAGCAACUUCAGCAUGACCCAGUCGUUGAAAGAGAAGGUGGCAGUCAGACAGCAGCAACGGCAGGAGGAGGACGAGCGAAGGAGAGCAGAAAGGGAAAGGAAAGAGAGAGAGAAAGAGGAAAAGAAGGAGCGUGAGAGGGAAGAGAAACUCCGCAAGGAAAAGGAACGUCAGCAGGAGAAGUUGAAGCGGCUUUCCAGUGCCGAGAGCCUCAGCAGUGGCAUAGAGUUUCUGUCUGUGUCUGGCUCGGGGUCAGCUUCGAACCUCCAGCCCGUUGUGCCUCCAGCACCCACCGGCCACAGUCUGGGCGCGGCCAACACUGGCCCGCUGAAGGCGGGCCCGUGGCGGCCGCCCCCACACCACAGGACAGCGAGAACCCGGCCGACUGGAAACCCUUCAAGGACAGCGAAGUGGCUCUACGAGACCUCACCAAGAAAUUGGAACAGGAUGACUGCCAUUGUGCUCGUCUUAAUGAACGAGGUGAAGAACCUGAGGUCCCAGGUGUCGCGGCUGGCCAUGACCGCAGUCGGAGAUAUGUUUGUCAACCUCAAGAAAGGAAUGGACCCGGAGGUGGAGAUUUCAGCAAAGACGUUGCUAGCCAAGGCAGGGGAGAGCAAUCAGUUCAUCCGCGAGGACGUGGAGAAAGCCCUGGUGGCCAUGAUGGAUAACGUGACACCACAGAGGGCACUGCUGGGACUGAUCGCCGGGGGAGCAUCACACAAAAAUGCACAAAUCCGAAAAACCACGGCCCAGUUCCUGGUGGAGUUGGUGGACCGGAUGGGCUCGGGUCGCAUCCUCAGCGGGGUCAAGGACAUCACGGACCGCGUGCUGCCCACCGCCGCACAGUUUGCCAUGGACGGCUCGCAGGAGACCAGGUACUACGGUCGUUCCAUCCUAUACAAGUUGAUGAGUCAUCAGGACUUUGACCGCAUGCUGACCAAAUAUUUACCGGCAAACACGCUGAGGAACAUUCAGGACAUUGUGGACACUCUGAAGCAGAAGGGUCUGGGUGAGCGGCCGAGUGAGCUGUCGUCUGCCAGGUCGCGCCGCUCCGGUCACGGCAGUCGCUCCAACUCCUCCAUACGAAGCAGACCUGGCGGAGCGCGUGUAUCCGCGUAAACAGAAGCCUGUGGUGCUACAUGUGUUGCCCGUCCUCUGGCACCUGCUGGGCUGCAUCAACUCUAGUGGCACAGCGAGCCACGGUGGCGCCCCGGACCUGCGCCAGGCCACCGUCAUGCUUGUCUCCCCUCUCUACGACCUCAUGGGACAGGGCUUGAUGGAGAAAGCCAGUGCUGAACCCAGCAUGACGCAGCGACAGAUCCAGCUGCUACACACUUUGGUAGAGGGAUAGUCCCACACGACACGGUGAAGUCUGACACGACGCAGCAACAGAUUCAGUUGCUACACACUUUGAUAGAGGGACACACUCAACUGCUACACACUUUGAUAGAGGGACACACUCAGCUGCUACACACUUUGAUAGAGGGACAGGCUCAGCUGCUACACACUUUGAUAGAGGGACACGCUCAACUGCUACACACUUUGAUAGAGGGACACCCUCAACUGCUACACACUUUGAUAACCCUCAGUGCAUAGGGAAUGUUUGGCCAGUGUUGUGU